AUGGCUCUCUUGUGGGACGUCCUGGAAGUGUUCGCAGGGUUUGCUGCUGGCGCCAUCGGCGCUGUCGGUCCCAGGGCGGUCGUCACGAUCAUAGCCAUAUCCGCCUCGAUGUGGUUGUGGCGCUACAGCACCUCCAGGACCACGACAAGGACGGAGCGGGCGCACAUGUCCAUUCUGCAAGAGCUUUUGGGGCUCAUGGUGGAGGUCCGUCUCCAGGUUGCAUGCGAGCAUGAAACCACGCGAGACUCGCUGCACUUCGAAGAUAUGCAAGCCAGAAUUCAAGCCGUGAUCAACAAAGUCAUGGCAAACGGCUUGCUGACGGAGAAGAUGGCGAUCAGGCUGGAGGCGGUGCAUGCGGGGUUGGCCAAGACCUCGGUGAACCUCCACAAGGAGAUGGUGGAGGCUAUUGACCUCUACUUGAAGGAGCUCAAGAAGGACGUGAACAACCAAACGGAGUCCACGGCCAAGACGCUCAUGGGGGAGAUCGCUAAAGGGGUGGGGAAAGGGCUGGAGAAGCUGGGAGACAAAGUUCGCGGCGACAUACAGACAUGUGUGUCUGAGGCCAUCGCCAGGGUCGAAAAGGAGUCUGCCAAGCUGGGAAAGUCCGAAGGAGCACUAGGGACGGUCAUGCAGGACAAGUUUAACGAGGUUCUGCGUGAG